UCUUCCUCUCUCCUCCCAGAGUCAGACUGCAUGGUGAUUCAACUCAUUCACUCAAAGUUCCUUGCACUGGGUGCUUUUAUUUACGUGUGUGUUUUCAUCAGGACGCACAUAGAGACAUGCAGGGCGAGUAGAGCCGAGUGAGUGGAGGAAGCACACAGUGGAUCUGUGGACAAGGGAAUUUGGAGGGUGAACUGGUAGAGAAGUGGCAUCAGCAGCUUCAGCAGUUCAGCACAUUUACUUCUAAGAGGUCCAGGUCAGAGCCUAGAUGCUCUAAUGCAUUUAUCACUGGAUACCAUGAUGGUGGAUGACAACUGCCUCUCACCCAGCAACUUCCACGAGUUGGGGAAAGGUGGGGGCUUCGCUGUGGGGGGCCACGUCCACAGCAUCGAUGUCAUUCUCGGUUUCAGUAAAGACCAAGAACCCCUGCUCAGUCCUGCUGGGGUCUCUGGACCUCAGAAAAUGGACAUAGAUAGACUGGUCGAGUCUGGGAAGCAGCAGGACCCAUCGUCGCACCCGUCUUACAGCGGACACCUUUCCUCCCUGAGAAAUGGCAACACAGAGCAGCAGCAGUACCACGAUACUGGCCUAUUCUCAAAUAAGUGUACCGAUGAACUGAGUGAGCCGAGCAAGAGUGUGGACAGUGAUGAAGGCAAGUCUCCGGAGUCUUGCAAGGACGAUCAGCCCAAGAAGAAACACAGACGCAACCGCACCACGUUCACCACCUACCAGCUGCACGAGCUGGAGCGUGCCUUUGAGAAGUCCCACUACCCAGACGUGUACAGCCGAGAGGAGCUGGCCAUGAAGGUGAACCUGCCUGAAGUCCGAGUCCAGGUCUGGUUCCAGAACCGCAGAGCUAAAUGGCGUCGACAGGAGAAAUUGGACACCAGCACCAUGAAGCUCCAUGACUCACCCAUGCUGUCUUUCAACCGCCCGCCACCAGUUCACACGAGCAUGGGUACAAUGGCCAACUCCCUCCCCUUGGACCCCUGGCUGACCUCUCCUCUAUCCAGUGCCACACCGGUCCACAGCAUCCCAGGCUUCAUGGGUCCACCUCAGGGCCUCCAGUCCAGCUACACCAGCCACAGCUUUCUCAACUCCACUCCUCAUCCUCCUCAUCCUCAUUCUCAUCCCCAUUCUCAUCCCCAUUCUCAUCCCCAUCCUCAUUCUCAUCCGCACACUCAUCCUCAUCCAUCCAUGGGUCAGGGGAUGCAGAGCAUGGCUCCACCUCCUUAUCAGUGUCCGGCACCGUUCUCUGAUAAAUACCCUCUGGAGGACGUGGACCAGCGCAGCUCGAGUAUCGCUGCACUGAGAAUGAAAGCAAAAGAACACAUUCAGUCUAUGGACAAGACCUGGCAACCCAUGUGACUAACAAACCUGGCAUGUGUUUGUCCCCAGGAAAGGGCGAUGCUGACAUCUUCAGGGUGAUGGACAGUGAGCGCACAGUUUGAAAAGAUGGCUCUGAAAUUGAUUCUGAGCUUUGAAGACUGAGAAUUUUCGGACAUGUAGUUUGUCAGUUUUUCGAAAUCUCAAGGACAUUAAAUAAAUGAGUGAAGUCUAUCGUGUGAAAUGUAACCACUUCUUUUUAUUAUACAUAGCUGUUAACUGCUGCUUUGGGUGCUGUAAACUGUUGGCAACACCUUCUUGAUGACAUAACUCUUGGUAGCCAGGAGCUGCGGCACACUUCGUCUUCUUUCAUCAUCUGUCACAUUUUGUAAGAAACCACAAGCACGCUUCCCUUUAAAUGAAUGUAUAUACUAAUGUAUAACUCAUGUGCUGAUACUGGCGGGUUUUCUCGAUAAUAUGUUGUUGAAUUGUUAUAUUGCAAAAUAAUCAAUGAUAAUUUUUACAGAAACAUCACAUUCUGUGUUGUUGCUUCUAAUUUCAGUUUCCCAUUUUUCAUCAGAAAGUUGUUUUUUUGUGUCAUAGUUCAUAGUCCAAUCAGAGUCUCAGAGAACUUUGUGAAUGAUGGUUCUCAGUUUAAAAAGAGAGCUGCAUUUCAAUGACACUUGACACACUGUGAUACAUAUCAACAUCUUUGACUGGGUCUCUGAAUGUCUUGAUUUAUGACAAAUGUGGAACAGGUUUUAGAUAAACUGGCUGCCCACUUCAGAUAAUUAAGCCUGAAGCUCAUAGAUACCCUGGAAGGACUGGAGGAAGAGGAAAUGAUCUCACAUAUGGCAUCAGAAAGUCUAAAAUACAUAAUUGUGUGGCAGGAAAGUGAACUGGAGUCAGAGGUAUGAUGAAGUCUUAGAAUAGACAAAUCAAGAAAUCCUGGAUGAUUAUAAUCUUUUUCUGAUUUUUGCUUUAAUGAAGGAGAUGAGGAAGGGAGGAUGCGAGGAAGGCUAGUGAGCAGACUAAGCCUCUUUUUGCUUGAGUGGCUGUCAGAGGAGAAAACCUGUUGGCAGCUCAGUGUUGGGUGGCUGCGUGUACGUGCAGGGCAGCAGAAAGAGCCUUGUGUGAUGCGUCACCCCACAUAGUUUAGUCUUUGUUCGGCACAAUUGAUCCAAGUGUGUCCUCUUUGUCUAAGUAAGAAGGAGGGGGGAAGGUUCGGAGCUGCACUAAAUAGGCCCUUGUAGCUAUUUUGUCAUGUAAAAUGUCUUUCUGUAUCAAAGGAGGAGAAACAUGGUUUGUCUAGCUGAUAUGGUCAUUACUGACUCGGUGUUGGUCUUUUACCAUCUCCUAUAGAUUAUGGAAAAGUUAGAUUAACAUACAUUGUAUUCUACACCUCUUUCAGACAGUAGAACAACUUGUUAGUAUUGAAUGUAUUGGGAUUAAGUACAGUAGCCUGAAUAUGCUAAGAAAGGUAAUAUGUGGUGACCCUUUUGACUUGUUAUGGAGCAAUAAGAAGAGACAAUUCCUCAUGUUAAGGUGCAAUGUCAGAACCCUGUGUCAUUUGUAUAUGUAUUUCGAGGGAAACAAAACUCCCCAUUGUGUGGUUGUGAUAUUUCACUUAAAUAUGAUGUGGAAGUUGUUCUGACAGCAAAUCAUAAUUACGGCUUCAACAGCAACAAGCACAAAUCCAGCAUUUAGUCAUUUCUGGGUAGUGGGAAAAUCCAUUGAUGUGGGAAAACAGUGUUACAUCUGUCACUUAUGAUCGGUCAUAGUGUUAGUUUUAUUUUUUACGUUGUUUGUUUGCUAUAUUUAGACUCCCUGUUGGAUGAUACCAGAUCCACAAAAGGGGAAAAAGGAUUACCUUGCACAUUAAGAUGACUACAUAAAUGUGAUUUUGGUCAAAGAAUAAGCCAAAGAUUAGAUAACGGACAAAACUGCACUAGAUUUCAGUUUGUUUUUUUAUGUGAAAAUGCACAGGAUGUUUUUUCCUAUGGCUGUUUUGUUUCUUACUUGUCAUAGUUCUCAUUGUUGCAGUGAUUGUCUUCUGUAACGUAAAGAACGACUGCAAAUAAAUACAGUUUGGUAGAA